AUGCUUGGCACGAUCUUUCGCAUUGAUAAAGUGAGAUUUGAUGAUGAGAAAGCAGUGUGGGUGAUCAAGCUGACAAUGUGUGGUGAGAAUGAGAACGAGCUGAGAGAUGAAUUCGAUUAUUAUCGACAACAAAUGGGAGAAUAUAUUAGUCUUUUAUCAUUAGGGAAUUUGUUGAGUGAGAUGGGUGAAAAUGAUACGUGUGUAUUCAUUUGUGCCAGCUAUACUGGACUUGGAAAUGUUGCUCUACAUAGAGGCGAGAUUGAUGUGGCACUUGAAUAUUAUUCGAAAGCGCUUGAGAUGAAUCUUAAAACACUUUCUCCUUACCAUCCAGACAUUGCCGCGAACUACAUAAACCUUGGUGUUGCAUAUGGUGAUAAAGGUUUGUACGAUAAAGCACUUGAAUAUUAUGAGAAGGCACUCAAGAUUAAGCUCAAAGUAUAUGGAGAAGAACACGCUGAUGUUGCCCAUGUUUAUCAGAACAUGGGUACUGCGUAUGACGAGAAAAACGAGUAUGAAAUGGCUCUGCAGUAUUAUGAGACAUGUCUUUGUAUACUGGUCGAAGUCAGCUAUGACAUAUCAUGA